AUGAAGAAAACCUGCACGGAGUCUAACAGCAAAGGCCCUGCCUUGUCACUUCUCUGGUAUUACAUCCACAGCCUCCACAUCCCCCAGCAAAACUCCACACCCCACCAGCACCCCGCGGAGACGGACGGCAGGGAGAAGGGCUGUUGCACCGCACUGCUCCAGCACAAAACCCCCCAGGCCAUCGGCAAAGGCGUCCUGAGCCGGAGACCGGAGAAUGAAACUGUUUUACACCAGUUCUGUUGCCCAGCAGCUGAUGCAGAGCAGAAGCCUUCAUCUCCAGACUCCUCACCAAGUGACGAUCCCAGCGGUUCCACAAGCAAGAAAGCCGGGUGUGAAACGGAGGAUCCGAAGGAGGCCGGCAGACAGAGUGGCCAGGAAGGCAGGUCCGACACCCUGACGCUAAAAGCCCAGCAUGCGGAGCUCCAAGAAGAGCAGGCAGCGGGGUGUUCCCCUCUGGUGCAGAAGGCGAGCCUCCACCACACGGGCUCCCCAGUGAGAGUGCAGCGCAGCAAAGGGACGGCCUCGUGUUCCCAUGCAGCUGCCUCCGAUUAUGAGCUCUCCCUUGACCUAAAGAAUAAACAGGCCUGGCCCUUUGGCUACGUGGGGCUGAUGGAGGAAGUAGUUUCCCCAACUCUGGCUGUGACACCAAUUCCCCCAAACCUGCUGGGCUUUGCUCCACAUUGCCUGGGUUCUGUGGUCCAAAACGGACCCAGAUACUCAGUUGUGAUCAUAGGCUUAGAAACAGAUUGCGGGCAGCCAAGAACUGCAGCAUCCGGGGAUACUGCCUUGCUCACGAGCAUACAGUACCUGUAG